CAGGUUUGAAGAUUGGGUGAACAUUUCAGAUAAAAAUGAACUUCAAGUGGUUCUGGCUCCUGGCCAUUGUCCUGGUCUUAGGAUUCACCAGUUUCGCAGAUGCCAGGGGUGGUCGUGGUGGAGGUGGCCGUGGUGGUAGAGGUGGCCGAGGAGGCCGUGGGGGCAAAGGACAAAAACGUAAGUCACCAAUUUAAAUUACUUUCACUUUUUAUAAAACUAUUUAAUAGCUGAUACUAGUUUAUUCUACAGCUGUGACCCUGUUCCUAGAAGGGGUGGAGGGGGAACCAUGCCAUAAAUUUGGAAAUACAUGAUUGGAUGGCAUAUUUUUUUACAGUGCAUAAAAAGCAGGGUAGCAGCAGUGGGAAGGGACCAGUGUUUGGCUCCCUGGACAACCUAGUUACUGACCACUGAUUUCAACUGCUUCCAAAGGCAGAUGGCCAAAAGGCAGGUGGCCUGAAUUGUGUUGGUGGAUGAUUCCGAGUGGAUCCAUUCUAUUAUCGUCUUUCAGCACAAUCCAAUGCAUGUCUACUUAAAAGUACAAUCUGUUGAUAUUAAUGGGUCAUACUCUGCAAGUUCCUUUGGGCUACAAACCCUUCUAGAUCAGCAAGUCAGAUUGUUAUCUCCCCCCUCCUCAUCAGGUGAUGUGAUAAUGAUAUCAUCUGACACCAUUAAGAAUUCAGAUGACCUUUUUUUGCCCAAUUUUUCUCAACCCAUUGAACGGGGCUUCUGAAGAUCUGACAAUCAGCUGAUGACAUCAGGAGGAGUGCAGGUGGGUGUAGCUUCACCCACAUGGGCUCAAGGCUCAAAUUGGAACACCUGGUGGGACUCAUUGGCCCAUGGACCAGGGAUUCCCCACCUCUGUAUGGCUACUCAUUUGCCCCUGUACAAAAGGUUACAAAAGUCAUGGCUGAUAAGCCAAGUGACCAGAGGAGGACCUUCAAACAGCAGGGUUGGCUUUGCUAUACAGAAAGAUGGAGUGACUGGCUUCAUGUAGGAAAUAGAUGAAGGCAUGAACUGAUAGAUAAAUGUUCAACAAGACUACUACUACUAGUAGUAGUAGUAGUAGUACUAGUACUACUACUACUAAUAAUAAACAACUUGCUGACCCUAGCCAGGUUCAUGGUGGAGCACUUGAGGUCUGCUUCAGGAGGCAAAAUGUAAUGGCGUGCUGUGGGAAAAAGUUAAGACCAUGCCUGAGCAUCUUGUUGGUCACCAAGCCAAAUACCAACCACAUAUGGUGAUCCAUCAGAGAUGUGGUAAACUUCCUGUUUGUGCUAUAUACUUGCAGAUGUUGAACACCUAGCAGGCCACAAUACAAUGCCUGGUGUACUCCAUUCAUCUUGAUGGGUCACAACUUUCAGAGAGAGAAAUAAGCCUUUGUAUUUUCUGCCCAUUUAUUUGCUUAGCUCAGUGAGACCUUUUAGAUAUGUGACAACUUCCUAACAUAACAACAAUGACCAAAAAACUAGAGACAAGGCCAGAGAAAGCUUCCAGAACAUAUAUAAAGAGGCUCAUUUGAUUCAGGGAGGUUCUCUGUCUCUACUCGGAGGCACCACACAACUCCAAGUUCUUAAGAUCUGAAGACAUCCAGCUUCCUGCAGUCUUGAAAAAUCACCCUUGGGAGUUCCUCUCCCAUAGCUCUUGGGCAACCAAUAGACUAAAGCUAAUGGCAGAGCUGAGGUUUCACUGUGUGUGUAAUUGACUUCACUCUUUGAAGGUAAAGGUUACCAUUAAGCAUAUACUUAUUUUCCAUGUGUAUCUACAAACAGCUUUCAGUAAAACAGAAUACUGAGUUACAUUUGGAAUUUUGAAGGACUUUGGUGAUCAGGCUGUAUCCUAUUUCUCUUUCGCUUGGAAAUCUUCAUGGCUAAUGUUGACCUGAAUAUAAAUUAAACUAUUCCUCAAUUAAUUAAGAAUUCUCAACUUUUCUUAUUGAAUAGGCAACUGUAACGUACCUCCUAGUCGGAGAAGAGACUGUGGAUACCCUGGAAUACCUAGAAGUACAUGUUUAAAAAGAAACUGCUGUUUCAGCAAUGCUAUCAAGAAUUCAAAAUGGUGUUUCUACCGUGAGUAGCACGUUUGAGUAAAAUAUUCUUAUGUGUGGCCCCUCCCCCACUAUGAAACAUCAAACUUUUACCCCCUCCCAUUCAGUUGCAACGGGGGGGGGGGGAAUGCCAGGAGGAGACCAGUGUGUGUGAAUAAUGUAAAGCUAAUCAGAAAUUUCGCAGUAGAUACUUUUCUGAGGUUUUCCUUUUCUCAUCCCAUCCACUAUAAAAAGGCCAUCUUGCAUAGUUUUCUUAGAAUAUUCUCCAUUUUUUGUGGAAACCACUACUGUGUAAACACACCAGUAUCCUUCUCACUCCUCCCAUCAAUGCUGUGGAAUGAUGAUGUUCACCCUCCACGCCUAACCCCUGGUCCUGCCUGGUGCACACGCAGAUGCGCCCCAGGUGACAAAAAGGAUGCAAUGUCACUGAUUGCGUCUACAUCCCUUAGCUGGCAACCCAAGCAGGAAGCCAUGCAGACAAGACCAAGGAUAACCCCCAACUUAUCCAUAACCAAUGAAAUUCCUCCUAAGCCCUAUUCAGAUUCCAGACUGUUGAAACAGGAAUGUUCACCCUAUAAAGGAGAUUUCUCUUCUUUUCAUUUCAGCAAAUUAGAACGAAAUGAAGUCACAGACCAGGAACCUCCAACAACGGCAUCCCUCCAAGACAAAAACAGAAAACAAAAUGUAGCUUUCUACAUUUCCUCCUCUCCAGCCCGAUUUCCUGCUUCUUUCCUUGCCAGGGAGGUCAGUUCAUAUCUGUCUGCGCACAACAACUGCAAAUCCUCUCCCCCAAAAUCUAUAAACGUAGUUAAUUAGUCUCAGC